AUGUAUCGAUCGAUAGUAAAUACAGAAACUGACUCAUCGUUAUCGCCUCCACCUUCUUCUUUAACAACUGAAGAUGAAGAUGAUUCUUCAAUUUCUUCAUACCAACAACAAAAUUUUUCGAGUCCUUCAUCGUUAAAUUGUUCGGCAAGCACUUCACCUGUAAUCGAACAGGAAACCAUCGUCAAAUGCAAUGAUGAUAGCGUUCCUUCAUUAACACAAAGAGCGUCAGAACUUCAUUUUAUGGUACAAAAAUUAAUAAAUACUCAUUUACCACAUCUUCAAACUAAAAUUUUAAAACAACAGGAUUUUACGAAAGAA